UGAACACCACCAGGCCUGGUGCUCUACUGGUACUAGUGAAUUCAGCGAAAAAAUAUGAAAGUGCGAACCUUUCAUACGCUUCUUACACAAAUGGACUUCUACAACUGGCAGCAAGUGCAACUACUAUGAAGAGUCGCGACGUUGUACUGGUGCUUUCAUCCUUUGCGUCGUUGCGUUUGCUUGUUUAACGUGCCCCUGCUCGUCGUCAUCCACGAGGUUCUUGGUCUGCCGAAUCUAUCAAAAGAGCAAAGCUCGCGGAAAUAACGGGAGGGGCCGCGAUAGGGAACUACGUCGUCUCUUUGCCAAGUCAAAUUGACCAAGUCAACUUUCUCGUUGCAGGUGAAGUAGGUUUGGUCGUCACGAGGACACGGCGAGGACAUCAAAUCGCGGACCAUAUGGAGAGAAAAAAGUUUGUCACUGUCACUAACUUGCGGGCUUUGCAUUACAAAUUUUUUUAGCAUCACAGCUUUCCUCUGUGUUGCAGAAACAUUAGGGAAACAAAUCCCUAAGGAAGUUUGGCUGUGAUGCAUUUUUACGCAUGACAGAAAGUUUUGUACUGCAAAAAUGCGCAUGAGUGAUCGUGACGAACUUUUUUUGUUCGAUAGACCACUAUGCAGCUGCACUACAUCGAGGAGGAAUGCGGCCAGCAGGUCGAAGUCACCGAGGAAUACCUGCGGCAUAUCAAAAGGAAAAAUCCCCCCACCCCAUAUCGAAAUGGAAAUCUGUGAUGCGGGAUUUGUGUACACAAAUCGGCUUUGUAUUGCAGGAAGGCAUCGCCGCCAGAUCCCCAGGCUAUACAGGGGCGUAUCGGUCUAGUUGUUCAGCAUGGCAAACGGCUCCGCUUUAGGCCCAACAGCAUGACAAAUCGCCUCCAUAAUGGGGGCGAAGCUUUUGCCCUUGUCUUCUUGCAAGACAGACGUGAUUUGUGCCCUCAAAUCAGCAACACAAAUUUUCGGAAGCAUGCCUUUUCGAUAUGGGGAGGGGGGAUUUUUCCUCACAAUACGGCACCAUUGCGACCAGGAGGAUUUAAGUACAACUGCAGUUCUUUCGGCUUUUAUACUUAUGCUGAUCAUGCAUACGCUUACGCAUCAUCAUUGGAACAUAAUCUAAUUCCCUAGCCGAGCAUUGCAUGACACAACAUCUACAACAUCUCCCUUAACAGCCCGGGUGCACAACCUCGAGAUCGAAAUCGAUGCGGAGGAGCAACACGCCGACACGAUCGGGGAAAACCUCCCCAACCUCGUCUCCCUGAAGCUGAACGGGAGCAAGGUAUUCUACAUUCGGGAGCUGGGCGUGAAAUUCCAGAAGGUCCGGUAUCUGUGGCUGAACCGGGCCGGGCUGCGGGAUUUAGACGGGUUGGUUGCCGCGCUGCCAUUACUGGAGGAGCUCUACGUAGAAACUGCUUUGUCUAGUUGCUUACUUUUGUCAUGCGUGUUAACCUCAUAGCAGAAAUAAAAACUGUCAUGCUACACCCAGAUAAUAUUGCUAUUUGAUCGAAGACGAGAAUCGAAAAAUCUACUAUCACGACAGAUUUCCUUCAACGAGGUCGAGGAGCUGUCCGGCCUGCAGUUCCACGAAACCUUGCAAGUUUUGGACCUGGAAGGGAACCAGGUUUCCGACUUGAACGAGCUUGAGAACCUCGCGAGCUGCCCAAAAUUGACGGAACUGACGCUGGAAGACAACCCGAUUUGUAUCGAGACGGAUAAUGAUUUUCAUGAUUACAUAUUGCGUAGCUUUGACGUUCUCGUUGUGAAAUAACUUGGACCUGUAGAAGGUAGUUGCACUUCUCGACGUAUGAUGAAGAACGUAUGGCAAUAAACCUUGUCAUUUUAUCACCACAAAUAACAGAUAAGAAGUUCCCGGACCUGGCAUCGGAAAUCAAGCGUGUCGUGCCGCAGCUGGAGACGUUAGAUUCCGUAUGAGAGUCGUGCACAAGAACUUCACGUCGCCCUCGUUUGGAGGGCAAGAGUAGCGACAGAAGCGCAAGCAACGAUGCAGAGCUCUUUCUAGUAGAUGACAAAUUUAUAAUUUUUUACGUAACACUGUCGUGCUGUUCUGGGCGCUGGUACCUGUCUGUCACGCAAACAGUGCCAAAAGGCAUCGGCUGGAAUUCCACCGUUUCUGCAUUGUGUACAAAUGAGGGGGAGACGGGGAAGUAGUUGUGCACUCUCAUACCCCGAGCCGAUUGCGGAAUCAUCUACCUCCGGGGCGAUGAACUACGCCGGAACGGCAGCAGCGUCCUCCUCUUCUGCGGCCGGUAAGGACCACGGAGCAGCGCAGCAUGAUUCGAGUCUCAACAAGUCUUCCCGUGCGCCCGUGGAUCCGUCUGCUUUGUUGGCCUCCUCCACCACCUUCAACCAAGCGAGUUCUCCCUCCGAGGAGGUUGGCAGCUGCGACGAAGAGAAUGGUAUGAUGAACAACCCGCUGUUCCGAGCGGACGCCGCAACCCAGAACGACUUGUCACGCCUGCGGUCGCGGGCCCGGGCCGGAAGCGGGUCGUCGCGGACGAGUGCGGAGCCUAUAAUGCCGUUGGAGGAGGGACCGACAAAAAGUAGUUCGUCUACUUCAACAGCAUCGUCCAACAUGAUUACGACUCCUGCCACCUCCGCGAGUAAGUAUCUGUACACAUCAUCAUCAUCAGCAGUACCUGCAACUUCUCUAUUCGCAGGAACGGCAAGAGCCGGCGGAGUUCCUCUCGGGCAGAGCAAUAACCACCUGGAUCAGACCACCACCUGCGACAACUCCGUGACGGACUACGACAAAAGCACAAUCGAGAACACGGAAGAAGUAUCAAACCUGCAAAUUCGUGUGGGUCUGAAAAAAUGAAACCUGUACAACUGCGUGUCUUACAUUCCUGUAAAAUCUGUACUGCAUGACCAAAAGCAUCGCGCGCUCUUUUGUCAUGCAAAAACGCAGUUCCCAAUUCGCGCUACGCAUGAGGAAGCGUCCAGAGAGCAAUCGUGUCCUGCUGGGCUGCACUCAGGAGUGUGUUCAAUCAACGCCGCCCAGCAUGAUCACAGGUUUCCAGAGGGCCCAGACAUUUUUGCAGUCGAUAGGAAGAGAACUCCAACUCCUACGGCACGACGACCACGUUCACGAGUGGGGGGACGGCAACUGUAUCAAUUGAAAACAUCAUGUCGUGGUCUGGAUUGGUGAUGCGAAAUUUGAAGGACAGCGAGGCUUUGUGAUGCAUGAAUGCGAUGGGCCAUAUUUUUUGUCGUGCUGGAAGUGGAAGCCACUUUGUCAUGCAAAACGCGGUAGAGUAUGAGUAAGAGUUCUUCGCAAUACCAAGCGAAAGAUUUGGGAUGCGUAUAGUACAAAAUAAUGGUCAAAACAUCGCGCUGCAAUCCAUGCCUCAGCAACACAAUUUCGGCGCGUCUCUCCAGACCCAGACAUGAGUAUUUGCAUUCGAUAAACCACACUGGUGAACAAUAAUACUGGUGGAGAACAACCAUCAAUCGGAACAAGCGGGCCAAGCGGGUCGUCUGCACUCGUUUUAUCGGGUGGUCCUCACGGUGGUCCGGACGCAGAAGUUUCUGGUGAGCAAAAUGUAGGCGGGUCCGAACAGCAUCAACAAGCCCUGGAUCAUGUAUCCCAGAGAAAAAAGCAGGCAGGUCACAUUUGUAAUGCAAAAAUGUAUUACAAAUGUCAUGUGAGCUGCUUCCUUUUUUCUGUGUGAUAUCAUGCUGGCAUCGGCCAGAACGAACCGGACGAAAUAUUACAAUGAAAAAUGCCCCCUCCCCAUAUCAAAACGGAAAUCUGUGAUGCAGAUUUGUGGCGACAAAUCAGCUUUGUGAUGCUAGAAGGCAAAAGAUGCGGACUGUAGGGCUGCCUAGCGUGGGAAAGCCUUGCAGCUCCAAGAUGACAGGAGGCAACUGGAAGUGGGAAACAGCAUGACAGAUUACCUGCAAUUUAGGCCGCAGCUUCGUCACUUGGCCUUCUAGCAAUACAAGUCGAUUUGUGUACUCAAAUACAGCGUCACAAAUUCGCGCAUCUUCCGUUUCCGAUAUGGGUUGGGGGCUUUUUUCACUUUGAUACGAAAGGGAGUUGAUUGUGGAACAGAUCAAGCAGACGCGGCAGCAUUUCUGGAAUAGCUAUGCGUUGCAAAUAUGUCUGGGUCUGGAAGAGUUCGAAUUUGUGAUGCGAAGUCUACAUCAUGACAAAAUCUGUCAUGCAUGGCUAGCAAAAGGCCCCAGUUCUUGUUACCGAAAGAGGGGAUUUGCCAUGCGGAUUAAGCAUAAUUGGGACACCUGGCCAUUAAAAUCUGUGAUGCUAGAGCUUGCAUGCCAGACGAUCUGGAUCAGGCAAAAACUGCAUCACAGAUCUCACAUUCUUCCAGACCCAGACAUAUUUGCAUUUGAUAACAGCAGGCCGGGAACCAGUAGCUCCUCCCGAUCCGGGGGGACUACUAAGAACGGGUUAGUACAUCAACUACCGGGAACCUCGCACGGGGCUCCUGCUCUAGUAUCCUCCGUCUUGCCGGUGUCCUACCGCCCGUACACCACCGCGAGCAACCCAGUUUUUGGUGCGGGAUCAUCUUCGAGCGCUAGUUCUUCGUCCAGUUCUUACCAUCUCCACUCGUACUACCACAGCCGUCCGCCGACGAGCACGUCCAGCUACAGUGCGUCACUUUUGGACCAGCAGGCGAGCAGUAUGGAGCAAAGGACCGGGUUGUCGUCCGCCAUGACAAGCUCGACGAGCGCGACCACCUCGGAUCUGAUAUCGUGUUUAAAAACGUCCGCACCCCAGGCGCAAGAUGGGAAAUCUGCUACACAAAUCCCCAAGCUUUGGCUGUUGCGCAUGACAAGUUCCUUGGGAUAAUCCUGUCAAGCUUCAGCUAGUUCACCAGCAUCACAGACAUGACAAAUUCCUAAACACGAAUAGAAACUGCUUUUCAUGGGGCUCCGCAUUAGAAACCUUUUCAGCAUGCAGCUUUGCAUUACAAGCAUGGGAUGGGGACGUUUUUACAUAGGAUAUCUGACCAGCAAUACGGACGACGUGUUUGCGGGGACAAACCCGCUGAAGGCGAUCCGGCAGCGGCGGAAGAACUUGGGGAUGAAAGAGCACCACACCGGCUCGGAAUCCAUACACCACCUGCUGCAGAAAUUUCAGAGCUACCUGCAGCCAAGCUGCCUGGGGGAAAGCGAGUUGCAGAAGAGGAAGAAGGUACGUAGUACUUAGGGUUGUUGCAGAUCAUGUGGCAGCGCAUUAGUUUUGUUGAUUUUUAUCAGAAGUACCAAGAAAGAGAUCACGCACGAGAGGGCAAAGCCAAUCGGUGAAGCCUUAAGGUUGUGCAGUGGUGUAUGCAAAUUAACUACUUCAUAUGAUAAUAUAAUCGGCGUGAGAGAGUGAAACUGAAAAUUUUGAUUCAUCAAACCUCCUGAGGCCUUUGAAGAAGCGGGCGGCUUGCGACCGCAGACGGCGGACGUGAGGAUAAGUGCGAAGCCGGGUAGUUUGAACAGCUUCGACGACAAUAGUCCAAAUCGAAGUGGGAUGAAAAGCAGGGGCAGCUCUGGGAACCACUAUCAGCCUUCGUUUGUCGGUGGGCCGCAGUCCUCCACUUCGACCCUCCGCAACAACAAACCCUCGCCGAUCAAGGAAAAUUCCGCGAAUUUGGAGCUGAGUUUGGAAGACCGCCCCACCGCGGUCACCACGCGAGGCGAAGUUCUUACAUUAGACUGAGUCAAUUGUUGUCAAAAUCAAAACCGCCUUUGGUAUUUGUUGUAACCAGUCGAUUUUUUAAGUUUAAACUCCGUAUCUAUUGAUUAAAGCGGUACUAGAAAUAAACUCGAGGUCCACGCAAAGUCGGACAAAAUCCUUUCAGUUUUGACUUUUUGACGCAAGAACUCUUUGUACUUGUUUUCUACCGGAAGAUGUUGUAACGCGGACACGUAUGAUCGCAGAACUUUUUUACAGUAGAACUAAAU